AUGCCAACAUCAACGGCUUCACCUACCCCAAAAGCUAUAGAUUCAAUACAAUAUACAUUAUUCUAUGGAACAUUUAUUCAUACCCCAGAUUUAUCAAACCUUGAUAUUAAGUUGAACACAUUUGUUGGAGUUGAUUCAAACGGAGAAAUAGACUUUAUUUAUAAAAAUGAUAUAAAGGAUGUAACAAGCGAAGAAGAUUUAAAACAAAUUUUCAUAAAUGAGAGAAACGAAUCAAAGAGUAGCAAGAUUGAUACUAAAGAUAUCAAAUUCAUAAAUCAUUCAAAAGACUUUACUAAAUUUUUCUUCCCAGGUUUUGUUGAUACUCACAUUCAUGCAUCACAAUAUCCAAACAUUGGGGUAGGUUUAGGAGUGCCAUUAUUGGAUUGGUUAAAAGAAUAUACAUACCCAGUAGAAAAUGAAUUUCAAUCACCAACAACUAAAAUAGAAUUUGCAAAAUCAAUAUAUUCAAAAGUCAUCAAGAGAACAUUACAAAAUGGUACAACAUGUGCAUCAUAUUUCACAACUAUUGAUUUGGAUACAACAAAAUUAUUUGCUGAGUUAUUAUUACAAUAUGGUCAAAGAGGAUUUGUUGGUAAGGUUUGUAUGGAUCACAAUGAUGUGUAUGAAGAAUAUCAAGAAUCCGAACAAGAUUGUAUUAAAUCAAUGACUGAUUUGAUAUCAUAUUGUGAUAAAUUAAAUCCUAAAAAUGAAAAUUUAAUAAAACCUAUAGUAACUCCAAGAUUUGCACCUGUUUGUUCACCAGAUUUAUUGAAUACUUUAGGUUCAAUGAGUGAAAAAUAUAAUUUACCUAUUCAAACUCAUAUAAGUGAAAAUUUAGAAGAAAUAAAACUAGUCAAAAAAUUAUUUCCAAAUUGUGAUGGUUACGCAGCAGUUUAUAAUGAAUCAGGAUUAUUGAAUAAUAAAACAAUUUUAGCUCAUGCAGUACAUUUAACAAACGAGGAAUCAAAAUUAAUAUCAGAGAAGCAAUGUUCUAUAUCUCAUUGUCCUACAUCAAAUACUUUUAUAUCAAGUGGUGAAGCUCCAAUACAUGAUUAUUUACAUAAAUAUAAGAUAAAUGUUUCAUUAGGAACUGAUGUAAGUGGGGGAUUUGAUUCGAAUAUUUUACAGAUGAUAAAAUCCUCAAUUUUAGUAAGUCAUCAUUUAUCAAUGAAAAACCCUACAAAUAAAGAGGACAUAAGAUUAAAUUUAUCAAAUGCUUUGUAUAUGUCAACAAUGGGUGGUGCAAAAGCAGUUGGUUUACAAGAUAAAAUAGGAUCAUUUAAAGUUGGUAAAAAAUUCGAUGCUCAAUUAAUUGAUUUAUCAAGUUCUGGUUCAAAUAUUGAUAUAUUUGAUUGGCAUUUACCAAAUGAUACCAAAGAAGAAGACAAUUUAAAGAAAAUUAAUGAUUUAUUGGGGAAAUGGAUUUUCAGUGGUGAUGAUCGUAAUACUAUAAAAGUUUGGUGUAAUGGGAGGUUGGUUAUUGAUAAAGAAUGA